UACCAAACUGCCAUCCCCUCUCCUAACACCGCGCAAUUCUUAGUACUGACACCCGAAGCGCAGCAUCGCAGUAUCAGCCACCGACGACAGAAACAAGAAACUAGCGACUGUGACCGCGACCGGCGCGCAUUGCUUCGCACGCCUGCUUGUUUAUUUGUUGUACGUGACCCAGUGACAGUGUUAGUGCUCAAGUAUCCAGCGACAGAACCCAUUGCUGUG